CCCGCCGGCCCCGAGAGGAUGUUCGAGGGCUGCCGGCGGGCGCGGAGCCUGUGGGGCGGCGUCAGGCUGGAGGUGGCCGGGGAGAGCAGCCCCGUGGUGCUGCACAGCUUCACGCAGCUCGACCCUGACCUGCCGCCGCUGGAGAGCUCCACACAGGAGAUCGGAGAAGAGCUGGAGGAUGGUGUGAUCUACAGCAUAUCCCUCCGGAAAGUGCAGCUCCAUCACACGGCAAACAAAGGGCAGCGCUGGCUGGGGUUCGAGAAUGAGUCGGCCUUAAACCUCUACGAGACGUGUAAGGUGCGGACGAUAAAAGCCGGGACCUUGGAGAAGCUGGUGGAGUACCUGGUAUCAGCCUUCAAGGGCAAUGAUUCCACCUAUGUCACCAUCUUCCUGUGCACCUACCGGGCCUUCGCCACCACCAAGCAAGUGCUGGACCUGCUGCUUAACAGGUAUGGCAAACUCCACGUGCAGGCGAACGGGGACCACGCCAGGCACACUGUGGACGAGAGGAUGGAGCUGAAGAACACCAUCUCCUCCAUCCUGGGGGCCUGGCUGGACCAGUACUCGGAGGAUUUCCGCAAGCCCCCCGACUUCGCCUGCCUCAAGCAGCUCAUCUCCUACGUGCGCCACAACAUCCCUGGCUCUGACCUGGAGCGCCGAGCCCGCAUCCUGCUGGCCCAGUUCCAGCAGCAAGAGCAGAACGAGGCCGAGGCAGAAGCUGUAGACCAUAGCAGCUGCACCUUCCAGCUGGUGGAAGAGAAUGGAGUUGGGGAUGGGAAGCCAGAUUUCCUCUCCUUCUCCCCAGAGAUGGUUGCAGAGCAGUUCACACUGAUGGAUGCUGAGUUGUUCAAGAAAGUGGUGCCUUACCACUGCCUGGGCUGCAUCUGGUCCCAGAGGGACAAGAAGGGCAAAGAACACCUGGCCCCCACCAUCCGUGCCACGGUCUCCCAGUUCAACAGUGUGGCCAACUGUGUCAUCGCCACCUGUCUCGGGGACAGGUCCCUGAAGCCACAGCAGAGGGCCAAGGUGGUGGAGCACUGGAUUGAAGUGGCUCGGGAGUGCCGCAUCCUGAAGAACUUUUCCUCCCUCCGAGCCAUCCUCUCGGCCCUGCAGUGCAACGCUGUGCACCGGCUGAAGAAAACCUGGGAUGAGGUCCUGCGGGAGAGCUUCCGCACAUUUCACGAGCUCUCAGGGAUCUUCUCGGAUGAGAACAACCACUCACUGAGCCGGGAGCUCCUCAUCAAGGAGGGCACAUCCAAAUUUGCCACCUUGGAGAUCAACCCAAAGAGGGCUCAGAAGCGGCAGCAGCAGCAGCGAGAGAUGGGCGUGAUGCAGGGCACCAUUCCCUACCUUGGCACAUUCCUCACAGACCUGGUGAUGCUGGACACGGCCAUGAAGGAUUUCCUGGAUAGUGGGCUGAUAAACUUUGAGAAGAGAAGGAAGGAGUUCGAAGUCAUCGCGCAGAUCAAGCUGCUCCAGUCAGCCUGCAACAACUACAGCUUCACACAGGAGGACCAGUUUGUGGAGUGGUUCCACAGCCUGGAGCGGCUCAGCGAGGCCGAGAGCUAUGGGCUGUCCUGUGAGAUUGAGCCACUGUCAGAGUCAGCCAGCAACACACUGAAGGCCAAGAAAAACACCGGCAUCAUCAAGAGAUGGAGCGACCGGCAGCCACCAAGCACUGAGCCGUGUGCCAGCAGCAGCUCCCACUCAAAAUCCUUCGACCAGCUCAAGUGUGGGCAGUACCUGUGCAGCGGGGACGCCACCGACUCGGUGAGCGUCACCUCUGCCGGCUCCAGCAGCUCCGAUGUGGAGGAGAUCAACAUCAGCUUCAUCCCAGAGUCCCCUGACUGCCAGGAGAAGAAGGUCAGUGAGAUCCCUCUGGCCUCCCUCCCCCAGCGCUGGUACGCCCCGUCUGUGGCCGAUGGAGAAGCUAAACCCACUGUGUCCUCCGCAUCCCCUCUCCUCCCUGCCCUCCAGUUCUGGGAAUCCACCUCCCUCUCUUCCCUGGACACGUCAGGCAUCGGCUCAGGCUCCAGCAGUGCCUCCUCCUCUUCUGUCUCCUCCACGCCGGUGACGGCCUCCCGCACACACAAGCGUUCGGUCUCCGGCAUCUCCAGCUACUCCUCACUCUCGCUGCCCCUCUACAACCAGCAGGUCGACGACUGUUGCAUCAUCCGAGUCAGCCUGGCUGUGGACAAUGGCAAUAUGUACAAGAGCAUCCUGGUGACGAGCCAGGACAAGACCCCCGUGGUUAUUCGCAAGGCCAUGGCCAAACACAACCUGGAUGGGGACCGGCCUGAAGACUAUGAGCUUGUCCAGAUCAUCUCGGAGGAGAGAGAGCUGAAGAUCCCCGACAAUGCCAAUGUCUUCUACGCCAUGAACUCCGCCGCCAACUACGACUUUGUGCUCAAGAAGCGGGGCUUCUCCAAGGGGGUGAAGAUCAAACAUGGCUCCAGCUCCACCCUGCCCAGAAUGAAGCAGAAAGGCCUGAAGAUCGCCAAGGGCAUCUUCUAGCCUCAGCCCCACUGCCACCCAUCACCAACGGGGCCUUGGGGGUAGCUGCUCCGGGCUUGGCUGUGACUGGUCCUUGUGCCACCCUGCACGGCAGAGGAGUGACCCUCACCCAUGGGCAACGGCCGUGCACCUCCCUUCUGCACCCAGAGCUGAGAGUUGGGCAACUGGUGUCAGCCUCUGCCCCUCUCUGCACAAGCCCCCAUUCCAAUCAGGUCUUUUUUUCCUACACAGGAAGGCAGUGGGGGUUGGGGGGAGGGAUUUGUCUUUUUUUUUGUUUUGUUUU